AUGGCGAAACGCACGCAUGAUGAGCCAUCCGGCGCUAGGAAGCGCCGCCGGGGGAGGUCUAGCGUCGACGGAGCUAACGAGGCGACGGCGACCAGUCUUGGAGGCGUGGCGGCGUUCAAGGACGUGUGGGCGGCGCUGACAAAAGCUGGGUGGACAUCAAAGAAGCCGACAGCUAAGUCUCUCGAUACGCGCUUCAAGUAUAUCCUGCCUGGGCGGCGACACAAUGGUGAAGAGGGGGUAGAUUUUCUCCUCGGCGAACUGGCCGUCCUAAGGUUUGUAGAAGUCUGCGCUUCUGAAGUUGCUUCAAGUGAAGCUUCUCAAGACACAAGCGAAACCGGAGGAACAGUCCCCGAUGAUAGUGGUGGUAAUGCCGUUGGUAGGAUGGCCGGCAGAAUCAUCGGCGGCAGGCAUGUGGCUACAGCUCGACGGUCCAUAAGAACGGCAGCGGUUAACAUUGACGACGUUGAGGCUCCGCGCGUGACCCGCGAGGUGGUCGAGGGAAGGCGAGAGUUCGGCAAUCUCCAAGCUCAUGUACUGGCGGAGGUCACGAGGUUUGCGAAGGUGUUAACGCCGGUGACGCUGGCGGCCAUACUGCUGUCGCUGGUGGUGCGGAACGAGGACUCGGGACAGGAGAAAGACGUGGAGGCAGUACAGCUCAGCGGGCGUGAACUUGGAGAUGGUGUCAGCAGGGAGGAUGAUAUUGACCAUACUGUCCCUGAAUCACCCCAAGCGGGUGUUGCACAAGGAGCGCCUACGACGCCAGCACGUACGCCCCCCAUCAUGUUGCAAGAUGUCUACAUCAGCAACUAA